GCCUUCAAAUUAGCUUGCAGUCCACACACUUGUGUGAUCAGCAGUUGGUUAAUCUCUGGCUUGUCUGUUGCGUUACAUUUCUGGCUUUUACUUUGCUGGUGGAUUUGUGUUUGGAAAGAUUGACUAUGGCAGCAACUCUACACAGACCUCCAGGGCAUCAGGGACCUGUUGCAGGAAGUUCUGCCUCUUGCACCGAUAGUGAGUUGAGCUCCGCACAGCCAGACCAAGGUCCCCACAGUGCUGUCCAUGAGCCAGGAUCGUUGUCCCAUCCUCAGCCUUCUGUCUUUGUUCGACCACUGGUUUAUGUCCAAGCACCGCCUCCACCGUCCUUCCUCCACUAUCAGUGGCCUGUGCCCUCUUUUUAUAACCCGUUUGGAGGCAUUCCAGGCUAUGGUAUGGUUUUACCCCCACCAACAUUCCUUCCUCCUCCUUAUCUGGAGGCUCCACCGUAUGUCCUACCUCACCCUCAGAUCCCCCCCUUUGAAUACAGGCGCUUACCUCACCAGCAGGGUCACUCUCAAGGGUACCAUCAACACCCAAACCAAACAUCCAGAACACGUGUGCCUCAAACUGCCUCUGUCAGACAAACUACGAACUCAGAGGUCCAAACAGAGCCAACACAAAGGGGUGGGGAUGAUCUAAGAUGGCUGCCCCCCAGCUCAGAUUCUGGGCGAGGAACUACCCCAAAUUCUCUAGACUCUUCAGGCUCCAGAUGUCAGAAAGAGGCGUCAGCUGAUCUUGAGAACUUUGUGGCGUCCGGCAGUGAUGCAUAUGGACCACCUAAAGACGUCUUCACCAAUGACUCCACUGGGACCGGUGACAUUCAAACGUGCGUAAAAGCGACUCAAGAAAUGGAACAGGGAAGUGAUGGUCAAACCUGUAGCCAUGAUUGCAAGCAUGAUCAGUGCAAUACAAGUCUAAAUCCCCCAGAUGACGCAGACCCUGUUUGCAGCUCCUCUCAGAAAGACGACGGAGUUUGUAGUGAAAGGCACACAUCUGUUCCGGACAUUCUGUUGAAUUGGAGAGGCAGCACCCCAAAAUCUGUCCCAGAAAAAGAACUGAUUCAGAAGGAAUGCCUUCAAACCGAACAAGAGACAAAUAAUUCUGUUGCUCGCAACUCUACUGACACUGAUGAUUGUUUGGCAGUGGUUGUCCGCUGUAACGAUGCUGACGGGAUCUCAAGUGGUCGGGACAGCAAAAUAUUUUCCAAAAUUAUUCGAUUUCCUUUUUUUAUCAACCCUGUGGAUGACAAGCUUGAAAACUUGGCCAUUUCUAAGGGGCAAUCUCUAACCUUUGGGGAUGAAUUGGAGAACUCGUCCCAGAAGCUUCCAGACUGUCAGCAAAAUGACUGUGAGACAUUUGCAGCCAACGACGCAAUGGAGAGCCUUCUCAGUAAACCGUGUUUUAGUAGCUACUGGACAAAGAGAAAAAUGGAUGAGUCUGUUUGGUCUGUGGAGUCUCUUGUCCCUUUUAUCCCCAACACAGAAUGGCUUUUACAGAAUGGUUUGUUUGAGCCUGAAGUGAACGAGAUGGAGAUAACUCAUCAUGCAUCACCUGCCCAAAGUGACUGUCUAAUUGAAGUUAGAAAGGAAAGAUGGCAAAGUAGUGCGUUAUUUGCUUCUGAUUUUAACCCGGAAACCUUUUUAGAUUUUAAAAUUCUUAAUGAUAAACAAAACUCUUCAAAGAAGCUCAAAACUCAAGCUGAAGCUCAUGAAAUCUGGCCAGAACCAGAUCAGUGCACUACUGUAAGGAAGGAUCCUUUAUCUUCCCCUUCUAGUAAAGCAACAUCCACCUCAAAUGAGGAUGAAAAUGGGUCUUCUGAACCAGAGGCUGAGAAAAGCCCAAACCAGGAGUCUUUUCCAGUGAAUGACUUGCAGGAAGACGGCCCUAAAUCUGCUGAAGAAACAUUGCUUCUGAGCUCUGUAGCAGAAGAGGGGAUCUCCCCAUCAGGUCAAGUUACUCCUCAAAAUGGUGCAGCCACUGAGGUGGAAGAAGCGGCUGAGGUUUCAGGAGGAAAAAAGCCUGAAGCUGUCCAGCCAAAGGGUCACUUGGUGGACUGUGGUGUCCAGUGUGAUGAGUUCCAGGAUCCAAUGUGUGUCUGUGUGGCACAAAGCACCAACGUGGAACCAGACCAAAUACAGCUUUUAAAAAUAUCAGAAAUUCAAAACUUAAAAAAUGGUAAACACGAAUCAUUCUGCAUGGACAGGAAUGUGCAUAAAAAGCAGAAAGGCCAGAAGAGGAACAAGACUCAAGGACAUGGCGGCAAACCAGAAGCCUGCAAUGGAAACCAGAGGUCUGGCAAAGCAAGAGGUGGAACCGGAAGGAGCCUGCAGCACUAACAGCUGAGCUCUAUAGAUAUUUUAUUUUUUUUAAACCAAUUUGAAAUAAAUUUAACUUAUGUAUUCCAAUAAAUGUCUAUUGUGAAACAAAUA